AUGGCGACUUCUCGCUUUUCUUCGCUCAUCUCUUUUAUCCCGAGCGGUAGUAGCAAGGGGUUUAUAGUCUCCUCUCAGGCGGUGAAUCGCCCAUCCCUCCUACGUCCUCUCGCGAUUUCCCGCGUCGCGAUCCUCGUAGUAACUUCGAUCCUGGCCCUCUCUUUAGCAUCCAUCGUGUCCGACGCAUCGCCCCUCCCUGACGUGUCGCCUCUUCCUGACGUGUCGCCUCUCCCUGACGCGCCUCAUCCGCAGCCAACUGCCAGCUCUCUCCCGGAAACCCCUUAUUCCGAAUCCAUUCCCGCGACAAACCCACCAGAAACUAGCACGCCCAUCCGCGGACCUCUCUCCCCGCUCCGAAGUCAGUCUGCUCAAAAUCCCCCAUCGCCCUCCUCCGAGUUCCUGCCGACCGCUGCGAGCCUGAUCGGAACGGAUGACGGCACGCCGGGUCUGCCGGCCUGGACGGUCAAUGGAACGGCGGCCGCGCUGUCGAAACUUGUAGGAGCGGACGGCACGCCGGGGAAGGUGUUUAGUCGUGGGCCGUAUAAGCCGGUGGAACGAUCUUCUAUUGGCGGACCCAUGUUCAUUUUCAAGGUGCUGCCUCCGCGCCCUAUCCUCCUAUGGGCGCCUGCCACGUCAUCACCGAAGUCCUUCCCCGUGGUUGUGUUUCAGCACGGGUGGGCCACUCGCAACUUCUGGUUCGCUGACAUGCUCAAGAGAGUGGUGUCUCAUGGCUACAUUGUGGUUGCUCCGCAGAUGUACCCUCUAAUUGGUCUCACAGGAGCCGUCUACGAGAUGAAAGGAUCCUGUGCUGUCAUUCGCUGGCUCAAAGACAACCUCAAGGAUUGGCUCUCCCGCCACCCGAUCCUCCACCGCCGAACCAAAGCCUCGCCCGAUUGGAUCGGUACAAAGCGUCCUUUCGGCAGCCCCAAGUUCGCCCCUCCAAAGCCCUUGCGCCUGUGGGUGCCAGUCUCCUCAUCGCAGCUCUCCACGCCAGUGCUGGUUUUCCAACACGGCUUCGCAGCUAAAACGCACUUCUACUCGCAGCUGCUCUCGCGCAUCGCGUCGCAUGGCUUCAUUGUCGUGGCUCCUCAGGUGAGUGUGUUUGUGGAAAGCUGA